GCGCAGUGAGACGGAAGCUGAGGGGGCGGCCGGACUUAGCGAUGGCGGCGUCCGUGAUGUGCAGCUGGUUGUCGGCCGGGCUCCGCGCCGGUGGCCUCCGCACCGCCAAGGUACUUGGUGGAGGUCCAGGACUAUUCAAUAACCAUGGGUUUCAGGUGCAGCAGCAGCAACAAAGGAACCUGUCACUGCAUGAAUACCUGAGCAUGGGACUGUUGCAAGAGGCUGGUAUUUGUGUUCCACAUGGACUAGUUGCAAGAACACCAGAAGAAGCAUACACAAUUGCAAAAGAAAUAGGUUCAAAGGACCUUGUGGUAAAAGCACAGGUUUUAGCUGGUGGUAGAGGAAAAGGAACAUUUGAAGGUGGCCUCAGAGGAGGAGUGAAAAUAGUUUUUUCUCCUGAAGAAGCAAAAGAUAUCUCCUCCAAAAUGAUUGGGAAGAAGCUGUUUACCAAGCAGACAGGAGAAAAGGGCAGGAUAUGCAAUCAAGUAUUUAUCUGUGAGCGCAGAUAUCCCAGGAGAGAGUACUAUUUUGCAAUAACAAUGGAAAGGUCAUUUCAAGGUCCUGUGCUAAUAGGAAGUUCUCAGGGUGGUGUUAAUAUUGAAGAUGUUGCAGCAGAGAAUCCUGAUGCAAUAAUUAAGGAACCCGUUGAUAUUGUGGAAGGCAUCAAAAAGGAGCAAGCUGUUAGGCUGGCCCAGAAAAUGGGAUUUCCCCCUAACCUGGUGGAGGAAGCAGCAGAAAACAUGAUCAAGAUUUAUAAUCUCUUUCUGAAGUAUGAUGCCACCAUGAUAGAAAUAAACCCUAUGGUAGAAGAUGCUUCAGGAAUUGUGAUGUGUAUGGAUGCGAAGAUAAACUUUGAUAGCAAUUCAGCAUAUCGUCAGAAGAAAAUCUUUGAUCUCCAGGACUGGACGCAGGAGGAUGAAAGAGACAGAGAUGCGGCUAAAGCCGACCUCAACUACAUAGGGUUAGAUGGAAACAUAGGCUGCCUAGUAAAUGGUGCUGGUUUGGCUAUGGCCACAAUGGAUAUAAUUAAACUUCAUGGCGGGACUCCAGCAAAUUUCCUUGAUGUUGGUGGGGGUGCUACUGUGCAUCAAGUAACUGAGGCCUUUAAACUUAUUACUUCAGAUAAAAAGGUACUGGCUAUUCUGGUCAGUAUUUUUGGAGGCAUUAUAUGAUGUGAUAUUAUUGCAUCAAGGUAUCAUUAUGGCAGUAAAGAACUUGGACCUAAAAUUCCUAUUGUAAUACGAUUGUAAGGUACAUGAGUUGAUAGCAAAGCUUUGAUAACAACUAGUGAUCUUAAAAUCUUUGCCUGUGAUGACUUGGAUGAAGCUGCUAAAAUGGUUGUGAAACUCUCAGAAAUAGUAACCUUAGCAAAGCAAGUUCAGGUGGAUGUCCAGUGUCAGUUGCCAAUCUGAACACAAAGGUGUCAUGAAAGUAUGUAUUGUGCUAUUCUUUUGAAAUACUAUUGUUUUGUGGUGUUUGCCUUUUUGUGUGGCAGUUUUAAUUGCUUGACAGGUGUACAAACUUU